AUGCAGCGGACCAGAACCGAGGGGUCAACCGACCAAGCGGGAGCGGGAGAAGGCUUGAGGAGUAACUGGCGGGACUGGGCUCUGUGGCGAGCUUUGGAGCAGUGGUGGGACGGCCCAGACGGAGUUCGCCGACGCUUGUCGGCCUGGUGCUCUUCGUCCUCCUGGUGGGUGCCCUUGCAGCGGGGCCUGUGGCUGCUCGAAACCGGCCUCUACCUGCUGCUGUGCCUGGGCCUGUGCCACGCCCUCUUCACCACGGGAUGCCACCUGCUGCGCUCGCUCUUUCCUGUAGUGGCCGCGAUAUGGAAGCAUCUUCUGCCAGCGCUGCUCCUCAUGGCCUUGAGCGCGCUGCCCGCCCUGCUUUUUGCUGCCUCCUUCCUACUGCUCCUCUCCACCCUACUCAGCCUGCUGGGGCUACUGACCGGCAUGACCAGGCCUGGACCUGUCAUCAGUCUCCAUUCCGGCCUCGACCCUGGCCCCAGGCCCAUCUAA